AUGCCUUUCAAGCGCUUUCAAAAACACACCUGUAACAAACCAAGGUUCUCGGAUUCUUUAAACGGCCGACGCUGGCGAUUCUUGAAGAGUGGCUCGGACGAUUUCAGGGAAGCCUUUCCUCCGAUACACGGCAGCAUCGUCAUCCAGCAUCAGAAGGGGCCAGUCCCUGUUCUCCUCCCGAGCCUACCUGAGGGCUUGGGCAAAAGGCAGCGGAAGGCCAAGAGGGUGCCGGUCCAGCCCCAACGUGGCUCUCCCAAACUCUGCCCGGCACUGCAUGUCAGAAAGACCCGCAUCGCUCAGGUUGAGUACUGCCUCAGCCAACACCCCUUAGCGCUGUACCCUCACCUGGAAGAAAGUGUCCCAGCAGAGCUUUUCAAGGAGGUCCUUAGCGUCUUGGACCCAGAGAUGCUUCCAGCGAGUGAAGACGCUGGUGCUGAUGUGGACCACAAGCAGCUAAUUCCCUCUACGGUUCCUUCCCAGUUGGAACAGGAAGAAAACAGACGAACAGGGGUCAGCAGGGGUCCCAAGGGCAAGGAUCCUUACCUGUGGUUCUCCAUAAGGGAAGUGGCAGCAAGAGAGAGGGAGGCCAGGCUGAAUUACGUUCCCCCGCUUGACGAGAACGUUGCUCGAGCCACCAAGGAGUUUUGCAGCUGGCUUCAUUCUCUGGGAGGAGAGAAGUGUGACAUUGAUGAGGACACCAUUAUUAGCCUGUUUGAUACCGGUUAUGGCUCCAAGCCCCCACUCGCAGUUCUUAUAAAUGUCCUAGAGCCAAAAGAUUUGCCUGCAGAGCUGCGGAAGGACGCUGGAAUCCCACCUCCUUGGGCCAAAAGGAGCCAUUCAAAAGGCUCUUGCCAAGGCAAGCGGGAGAAGAUCAGGUACGGGGCUUGGUACCUGGAUCCAAAGACAUGGACGAAACAGGAUGUGAAUAAGCCUUCGCAAGACCCAAGGAAUGGAAGCAUCUUGAAUUUGAGGGGGGCGUUGAGUGAAAAGGAGGCCGAGAUCUUGCAACUUCAUGGAACCCAUGCAUUUAGGGAAUUUCUUGAGAGAAAGGGCUACCGGAUCCCAGAGGGCACGUGGGCAAGCAACCGCAAAGAAGAGGAGGAGCAAGAUGGCCACUGGGCCCCCUUUUGGGCUGUGGGCCUUCCCAAGUGCCCCGUCGUGCCAGUCCCUGGUGCCGACUGGAAAAGCCAGGGUCCAAACCUGGAAGCCCUCUGCAUGCCGAGCGUCUUUGCUGCCACUGCACAUUUUCUGUCCUUCUCAGAAACAGGGAUGCUUUUCAGGAUUAGUACAGGCUGA